AUGAUUGACGGGGUUGAUUCAUAUGACAUGAGGAACAUCAAGUCUCCGCUGAAACGGCUCCCGUCCAUCAUCCGGCACCCGUCCUUUUUGGGAGAUGCACUACCUCCCUUUGGAAAGGGCAAGCAGAAAGGCCCGGACGGUGGGGGCGAGUCAACAACGGCGGACAGAGUUGGCGAGGACCCGAAGGUGCGGAAGGACAGCGUCAUGACGGGAAUCGGCGGGUCCAUGUCGGGGUCCUCGUCGGUGUCGGUGUCGUCGGUUUCGUCGUGCAAGAGGCCCGCGGUGACGGUCAAGAAGCGGGUCCUCGGCGUUGAUGAAAAGGGGGAGAGCAGCCGCUCGGAGCAGGAGGCUCUCGGCCCCAUCAGCGACGACAGAUUCAAAGAAAAAGGCAAGGGCAAAGGUAAAGACAGCGUCGGUGACGACUUGAGAGAGGCCUGUUCGCCACGACCUGUGCCGCGAGAACCGAAUGUGGUCGCACCAAAGACUGCGCUGCAGCUCGCACCGAAACCGAGCACCGUGGCGCCUCGGCGCAGUCGCUUCGUCGAGGACCUGGAGGAUGUGUGGACCGAGGCGGCGGGCUGGACGCCCGCGGAGGUGUGUCAACGGAUCUGCCUGCCUGGCCCGACAAGGCCAGCUGCUAAAGACGAUCUGAUCAAGCUGUAUUUCCCGCCCGUCGUCGCGCAGAAAAAGAAGCCGCAGGCGAUUCUCGAUGAUAGUGCGCCCGCAUCCGUAACGCCGUCUUCAGGGUGGUGCCACCACGACGGCGGCUGUCUGCAAAAGAAGGGGCGGCGCAGGAGAAACCUUACCCGGGCUGUUAUGAGGCUGGCAAAGAAGCCGACCCGGUGGAACAAAGAGGACAAGGGGAAGAAAAGGGCCGCGUGCGAAAUCUGCGGCGACGACACGAGACUGGACCUGCGAGACUGGAAGAGGCGCGAGGAUGCUCAGGAGCCUGAGGGCGACGCGAGCGUCGCCGCCGAGUUGACUGCGAUGUUGAGUCGUUUGUACGAUAGGGACGAGGCGGAGAGCAGUUGGCGAUGUAGCGUCUGCGGCCAGGAGGCCGGCGAGGAUUUGACGUGGGAAAGGGAUGAGGACGCUCGGGAGGAAAAGAAUGGCGAGACCACACUCGGCUCGAAGGACAUUGAGACGGACUCGAGCUUGGAAGCUGCGGUUAGUCUCACAGAGAUACCGGAGGCGUGGUGGACAAGACGGUUUCGAUUGUGA